AAGAUACUGGCAUGUUGUUGCCCUGUUGGGUCAAUUUAAUGUCUGGAGUUUUCUGUCCUGAUAACCAGCCAUGGUUUUAAAAGCUCCCAAGGGUCAACCAUCUGAACCGUGUGCCACGUGUACCGCUUCCAAGGUGUAAAAUCAAAACCAUGAUACAUACAAAUAUAAAAGCAUAUGAAUUUUGAACACUUUGUGUUCCAGAAACCAGAAUUGUAUGAAAGAAGAAAGGAGAAAGGCGAAGAAGACAAAGUUGAAGAAGCUACCCCUUUUUUUCUUUUCUUUUUUUUCUUUUAAAUUUUGUUAUGACAUCAUCAAAAGGGUAGGUUCUUUUGGCUGGUUCUUCUGCAUACAAUUCAACCAUGCAACCUACCCAUGUUUGAAUAAGAAACACCCACACCAAAAAGGCACAUCAAAACCAAGCAUAUCAUAUCACACAAAUCCAUACAUAUAUUUUCAAAAACUUCUCAAAAUCUCUGCUAUUCUGCUCAACCAUUUCAAUUAUCCUCCAUGUCCAACUAGCUUCUACUUUCUCCAACCAAUUUCACCAUUUGUUCUCUCCUUUUCCUUCACCACCACCACCAUCAUGCAGCUAAACCGCCUGUGCAUCAUUUUACCGGCAGAUUUUGAUGAGAUUGAUCUUUCAGAUCAUAAACAAGUUUCUAAACCCAAAAAGGAAGAAGAGCCCAAGAGAGAUAGCCAAAGAAGCUGUGGAAAUCAAAUUGUUAGUUUUCUCAAGGAUUCCUUGUCUGGUUGUUAUGGUAGCUGUUAUCCUAAAAGAAGAAGAAAACAGCAUUUCUCUGGUGUGUUUCAUGAUACAGAUGGGAUACAGCUUUCGGAAAAGGUUGGUGGUGAUAAUCCAAGGAUCUUUAGCUUCGCUGAGCUUUAUAUAGGAUCUAAUGGGUUCAGUGAGAAUGAAGUUCUUGGUAGUGGAGGUUUUGGCAGAGUAUAUAGAGCAGUUCUACCUAGUGAUGGAACAGUGGUUGCUGUGAAAUGUUUGGCUGAGAGAGGAGAGCGAUUCGAGAAGACUUUCAUUGCUGAGCUAGUGGCCGUUGCUCAUCUUCGCCAUAGGAAUCUUGUCAGGUUAAGGGGAUGGUGUGUUCAUGAAGACCAGUUGCUUCUGGUUUAUGACUACAUGCCUAACCGUAGCCUUGACAGGAUACUUUUCAGAAGGCCUGAAAACAUGGGGUCACCGCCUCUUGAUUGGGAGCUUCGAAAGAAGAUAGUUGGUGGGUUGGCAGCAGCACUUUAUUAUCUUCAUGAGAAGUUGGAAACUCAAAUCAUUCAUCGUGAUGUUAAGACGAGCAAUGUUAUGCUUGAUUCUCAUUACAAUGCCCGGCUUGGAGACUUUGGCUUGGCUAGAUGGUUAGAACACGAACUUGAGUACCAGACCAAAUCAUCGUCAAUGAAAGAUUACCAAUUCAGGCUGGCAGAGACAACCAGAAUUGGAGGUACAAUUGGGUAUUUACCACCCGAAAGCUUCCAAAAACGAAGCAUUGCCACAGCAAAAUCUGAUGUUUUCAGCUUUGGGAUUGUCAUGUUGGAGGUUGUGUCAGGACGGCGAGCUGUGGAUCUCACAUAUGCAGAUGAUCAGAUUGUCCUGCUUGACUGGAUCAGGAGGCUUUCCGAUGAAGGGAAGCUCUUGCAAGCAGGGGAUAGCCGGCUUCCAGAUGGGUCUUACAGGCUUUCCGAUAUGGAAUGCUUGAUCCAUCUUGGACUACUCUGCACACUCCAUAAUCCACAAUCAAGGCCAAACAUGAAAUGGAUUGUGGAAGCACUUUCUGGAAACAUUUCCGGAAAAUUGCCAGCUCUACCAUCGUUUGAAUCACACCCUCUUUACAUCACUUUCUCAUCUGAGACUAACAGCAGCACAAGUGCCAAUACCAACACAACCAGGUCCACAACAGGAACAACUACCACAACUGCCACAUCUAUGUCAUCAAAUUAUGUUACAGCCACAGGAGAUACCAUUUAUGCAACUGCUGAAAAUGGAGGCAGUGCUACCAACACCAACUCUUCUGAAAGCUUCCAGCAUAGAACACCUUUCUCCAUGAUUCAAACUCCAAGAGAAAUUUCCUACAAGGAAAUUAUAUCUGCCACAGAUAAUUUCUCAGAAUCAAGGAGGGUAGCAGAGCUGGACUUUGGUACUGCAUACCAUGGCUUCCUUGAAAACCGUCAGCAUGUUCUUGUGAAGCGCCUCGGCAUGAAGACAUGCCCUGCAUUACGGGCACGAUUCUCAAAUGAACUCCAAAACUUAGGAAGGCUGCGCCACCGGAACUUGGUACAGCUUCGCGGAUGGUGUACCGAGCAAGGAGAGAUGCUUGUUGUCUAUGAUUACUCAGAAAAUCGCCUUCUAAGUCGCUUGCUUUUCCAUCAUGAACAUAAAGAUGGCCGUCCAUUCCUGCAGUGGCAUCACAGAUACAAUAUUAUCAGAGCACUGGCUUCUGCCAUUCUUUAUCUUCAUGAGGAAUGGGAUGAACAAGUAAUUCACAAAAACAUCACCUCCUCUGCAGUUAUCCUUGGUAAAGACAUGAACCCAAAGCUCGGUUCUUUUGCUCUUGCUGAGUUUUUGACAAGAAACGAGCAUGGUCACCAUGUAAUUACUACGAAGAGAUCAGUUUGUGGGAUUUUCGGCUACAUGUCACCGGAGUACAUAGAAUCUGGAGAAGCAACAACAAUGGCUGAUGUUUACAGCUUUGGUGUGGUGAUUCUUGAGGUGGUUAGUGGUCAGAUGGCAGUUGACUUUCGGCGGCCUGAGGUGCUAUUGGUGAAGAGGGUUCAUGACUUUGAGGCACAGAGAAGACCAUUGGACGAACUAGCAGAUAUUAGAUUGAAUGGAAAAUACAACUACAAAGAACUGAUGAGACUGAUAAAGCUAGGAAUUGAAUGCACAGGCUCCAACCCUCAAUCAAGACCAGGUAUGAGACAGAUUGUACGCAUACUUGACGGAGAUGACAAGUACUUUUCAAAACAAGUAAAAAACGAGAGCAGCGAAGAUUGGAAACAAAUGAAUGCUUCUACUUUGUCCUUAAUCAAGAGAAUACAAGCUCUAGGAAUACAGUGAAUCUCAACAACAUAAUGAAGUCAAACAUAGAUUCUGUAAACAGUGUUUUUCCGAAUAUUGAGAGUUUUGAAUUUGUAUUUUUUUUGUUUU